AUGAGUGCACCGUUUUAUAGUUACGACCCAUGCGUAUGCACUGGAAUGCCUUGCGGCGCUUGCUAUCCAUACUCUACAAAGCCUUGCGCAGCGUCAUGUAACGACCUGGGAAAAUGCUCAGUGUGCCCCGGCGGCGGGUGCUCCCCUUGCCCAGCGCCAGUGCGGCCGUGUCCAGCCCCUUGCCCGGCUCCCCCAAUUUUGCCUUGUUUACCUCCAUGUCCACCGUGUGAUAAGCCAGCCACUCCUAUUCCGCCGCCAGCUCCAUCUUGCGACAGCGUAGCGAUACCGUGCUGCAGGCCGAACCGCUGUAAGCCCUGUCCGUGCUAUUGCUGCACUGAGCCCGCCUUGUGCUCGAAGACGACGCCACCACUGGUAUUCCCAGCACACAUCAUAUUCUCUGCUACUUCUAUUGAAAUGACACUAUGA